GCUUAUUUUAAAAAUUUGGCUGCUUGAUCUGAACCCGCUCCGCCACCGGCACCGCCAACGCUCGCAACAGCACACCGCCAUGGCCUUGACCUUCCAAUCGACGAGUCCCCUGGGCAUUCCCCAAAUCCUAUGCCAAUCCAUCCUCCUCUUCCUCAAGGCCGGCCAGCUUCUCCUCCCCAUCUUCCUCCUCUCCGUCCUCUCCUCCUCCAUCCUCUUCUCCUUUUACUACUCCAUCGCCCCAAUCCCCCUCGACCUCGCUGACAAGAUCUCCAUCCUCCUCAAGGAAACCAAGCACCGCCCGCCAAACCUCCUCCCGUCCAUCGUCAACGACCUCAAAUCCUUCUCCGCAUUCGCGUCCGUCAUCGCCCUCUUCUCCUUCUUGUCCUCCCUCUUCCUCUCUCUCUCCUCCAUCCACACCUUCGCCGCCGCCUACACCGACACCGAUUUGACCCCCAACGGCCUCCUACACCGGAUCGCCCGCCGCUGGUACGAGACUAUGGUGACGCGGCUCUAUGCGGUCUUCCUCGCCGUCGGCAUCGCCCUCCUCUCCUCGUUCGCCAUCGCUUCCGUCGCCCUCGUAUCCCUUCCCUACUCAAUCUUCCUAGCCUUCCACGUGACCUUCUUGUACCUCUACCUGUCGACGCGGUGGCGGAUGAGUCUCGUGAUAGCGACCGUGGAGGAGACGUGGGGGAUCGGCGCGCUCUCCUGGGCGGUGAACCUCUGCUUGGGGAACAAGAAACGAGGUGUUGCGCUCACCGCCAUGAUGGUGACGAUGAAGGUGGCCAUCUACGGCGCAUUGUUAAUUGGGCUGCUGAUGGCCUCGGAUCCGACGAAGCAGACCUGGAUGGGGUGCGUCGUGGCUGUGGUGGAUGCGGCCUGGAACUUGUACACCAUGGCGGUGUACACCGUGUUCUACUACGAGUGCAGGAAGAGCCAUGGGCUAGACAUUAUUGGUUCGUCCGUGGUUCUUGUGAGGGUCAACGCUGUGGCAUAUUGAGGAGAUUGUAAAGAGGCUUCCUCGAACAUCUUAAUUGGCGAGAUUUGCAAGAUUUUAUUUUAGUGGAUUGAAGUGCUGUGGGCUACUAUUAAAUAAUUUCCUAUCCAGUCUCAGAUAUCAAUUUCUAGUGUUAUAUUAGUCUUCUGCUCUUGAGGAUUUUGUUUAUUUUUAGUCAUGUGGUAUUAACUAGUUUAUG